UAAAUAGAUUUUUUUUUAUUCGAAAAUAAAAAACUUCAAGAGCAUAUGAAUUUUUGUGUUUGAACGUCAUCUGCUGCGUUUUACGCUCAACUUGGAAGCCAAUUUAAAAAGGUUGACAAAGAUCCAGCAAAGUGUCCGGUUUUCCGAAGGGGUCAGAUUCAUUGAAAGCAAAAAAACCUUGAGAACGGAUACAUUUCUGACGAAUCACGAAUCCCAAAAAUCUUGAACAGUUGAAGAAAGAGAGAAGCAGCAUCGGACGAUAAAAAAUAUUGGAAAAAAAAUGGCGAAUGCAACGGUCAUCUCUGAAAUCGAGCAACUCGUCAACUACACCGAUGUCAAGGGUAAUGACACAUUCCAAAAUACGACGGACAUCGAUCGAGUAUUCGCCGUGCUUACCAAAAAAAUGGACCUCUUUUACAAUGAUAUUGGAAUGCCACCGAACUACAGGCUCGUUGCUCUCUACGUGCCGAUCGUAGCAAUUUCAAUAAUCGCCAAUGUUCUCGUCAUCAUCGUUGUUCUGAAGAACCAACAUAUGCGGAGUACAACGAAUUACUUCGUGAUCAACCUGUCCGUAGCUGAUCUACUCGUGUCAACGCUCUGUAUACCAACUGCAAUAAAGCAAGCGAUAACGUUGAUCACAGAUUACAAUGUGGCGAUGUGCAAAAUCAUUUUCUAUCUGCAAGGUGUAGCAGUCGCCGCUUCGGUUUUCACGAUUAUGGCAAUGAGCAUCGAUCGCUACAGAGCUAUAAAAAAUCCGAUCGCUUUUCGUCACUCGUUCAAUCGAAAGAAAAUUUGUGGCGUCCUCGCUGCAAUAUGGGCGACUGCUCUCGGUAUAUUUGCACCUCAACUCAUAGCGGUAACGCUGCAUCGAUUCGAUGAGGAUGUUGUCACCUUGCAUUUGCCAGGAAUUGAGGUACCGUUCGUUUAUCGUCCGCCAGCGGUCUCCAUUUGUGUCGAGAAUCUGACAACGUUCGGUCCCAACGCUCAUUACCUCGGAAUCGCCUGGUUCUCAACAGUCUUUAUAAUCCCUGUUUCCAUUGUUCUGAUCGCUUGUGCGUUGAUGGCUCGAAUACUGUACGCGAGAAAACCUCCGUACGAUCCGGAAUGCUUCGAACGGAACACCAGCUUUCAACAGGGUUUCAGACUAAUUCGAGAACGGAAACGAAUCGCUAACGUUCUUAUCACGCUGGCUCUACUCUUCGCUUUAUGCUGGUUCCCUUACAACAUAUUGAGACUUCUCGUGGACCUUCGUAUCAUCAGAGCCACUCAAUGGGACGAUGAUCUGUUGUCGUAUUGCUUGUUUUUCGGGCACGCGAACAAUAUGCUCAAUCCCGUAGUCUUUUGUAUAAUGACUCGAACCUUUCGUCGCAGCAUCACCGAAUUGUUGUGUCAGGGCUGGCAUAGCAUAACCGAAUGCAGACCUUGCAGAAAUAGCUUAACGGUUGCCGUUGAGACUUGUUCCAGUGUCAGCGGGGCGCAAACACGGACGACCUUGGACCGGGCAACUCUGUCAACUGGAGAUACUUCUCGUGGAAGCACUCGAGCUCGGGAGAACGCGGCACGCUCCACACUUGACAAGACAAACGGCAGCGAGAACCGUUCUCGCAACUGGAGAUGCUACCAUUAUCACACAUUCGUCGGGCCUCUGCCCGAGACGAAUCCGUACCGCUUAAAAUAUCACGUAGCUUCGCACAUAUCGAGAUUCGGUAUGAACGACGUUGCGCUGACGAGUCACCAACAUUCCAAAAACAACACUCCUGCUAAUAAAAUCCGUGGAGAAAGCCUCGUCGAUUUGGCGACUAAUCGUUGAAAAAAAAAAACAUUUUGAAAAUUUUACGUGGUUAAUGUAUAAAUGUAGCUAAAAAGUUUGAGAAGAAAAAUCUUAAUAAAGUGUUGGAAGUACGUCGAAUGAAA